AUGGUUGAUGGAUCCCUCGGCCCGGCGAAUAAUAAAGUCGCCCGGGAACGAACAGUGUACCUAUUUGGGCAGCCUAUCGCCCACUCGCUCUCUCCGACCUUCCAUAAUAUCAUUUUCCGAAAUGUUGGUUUACCGUGGCGGUAUAUCCGUCUCGAUUCGACAGAUGUUGAGGAUUUGAUGUGGCUCAUGCACAGAGACGAUUUCAUCGGUGCCGCUGUGACAAUGCCCAACAAGGUCAAGGCGAUGGAUUGUGUUGAUGCCGUUACCGCCGAAGCACAGAAGAUUGGGUGUAUCAAUACCAUCUUCGUGCGAUCGAAUCUGUUCGGGGGUGAAGAACGGCAGGUUCAUAUCGGUACCAACACAGACUGGAUCGGAAUCCAACGCGCGCUCCUCAAUGCGGGUCCUGAAAUCGCAACCCAUCUACAGGAUAAUCCUGCAUUAGUAAUCGGGGGUGGUGCAACCUGCAGAUCCGCAAUCUAUGCUCUUACGGAGGGACUUGGUGCAAAGGUUGUUUAUAUGGUCAAUCGUGACCCGGAGGAAGCCAAGUCGGUUAUCAUGGGUCUGAAGCAACAAGGACUGCACCGGGAUAUUCGCUUUGUGGAAAGAGUUGAAGUCGCACAAUCACUCACAAAGCCUCCCAUUGUUGCAGUGAGCACGGUGCCCGACAUUGCACCCAGAACGGAUGCUGAGAAAAUCACACGAGACAUCAUCACCACGAUGAUUCAGUCACAACACGCCCACAGCUCUGCGCGGCUCUUUCUAGAGAUGUGUUAUGACCCCACACCAAAGACCUAUAUGGCAACUUUGGCUGAGAAAUUCGAUUGGAAAGUGAUUGAUGGACUAGAUGUCAUGGAGCAUCAAGCAAUUGAGCAAGCUGUUUUAUGGACGGAGAAGUCGCUUGACAGUCUACCCUCGGAUCUUGCCAAUAGUGCAAUCCGUCAAGCCCUUCACCGGUAA